AUGUCCUUUUGCGAGAUCACGCCCACUCUGUUUCUGGGCGGGGCAGACGCCGCCUUGAACGGUAUCCUCCUGGCCCGCAAGGGCGUCACCCUGAUCGUGAACGCCACACUGAGCCACUCCUGCCCGCUGUACCCGGGCGUGGAGAUCCUUCAUGUCCCCGUUCGUGACCUGCCCGGCGCUCGUCUCGGGGACCAUUUUGAGCCAGUAGGCCGCCGUAUCCACGGUAACCGCGCGGGGGCCACUUUGGUGCACUGCGCCGCCGGAAAAAGCCGCUCCCCCGCCCUGGUGCUGGCCUACUUGAUGAGGUACCACGGACUCACCUUGUGUCAGGCCCACCGGCGGGUACGCAACGUCCGACCCUGCGUUAGCAUUAACGCCGGCUUCUGGGAGCAGCUUCUCAUCUACGAGAAGCGCCUCUACGGACGCAACACCGUUAAAAUG